CUUCGACGUAGAAGACGUAACGCAACUCGUAAAGCUGCAACAAAUCCACCACCCGAGUUUCGCCAGCAAGGUCUUCCGAAUCGCCGGAGAGAGGUUGAGAGAGAGACCCACACACACACACAAACACACACUCGGCCACCGACGAGUUACCGCUACAAGAGCACAGCGGCCCAAUUGCAAGGCAGCCGCCACACAGACCAGAAGUCCCCCUCUCUCUUCCUUCCGCUCUCUUGGCAUUCAACUCGCUGCUGGCUUCUGCUAGGUCACCUGUACUAGUCAACGCCCCACACGCCCCACCUGCCCUCAGGAAAGGUCGUCCUCUGUGCUCUUCUUGAAGAAGCCCUACUCCAACACCACCACAUUCGAGAUGGCGCGGACAGUUCUCGUAGUGCUAAUGGCAGUUCUGGUGUUGAUGGCGGCUACCGUCAGCCACGCCCGCUACCUACCAACCCGAGCGGAUGAUUCUCGCAUGGAGGAAAUCAGAGAGAUCCUCAGAGAGAUCCUGGAACGCACAGCCGACGGCAGCAGUAGCAGCCCCGGCAGCAGGUCCUCCUCCACAGGCUUCGGCUACGACAAGAGAUUCAUCUACAAGAGGUCCGUCCUCGGAGGGGACGCUUCCAACAUGGCCGUCGGAGCCUCCUCCUCCUCCUCCGGCCUCAGCGGGGAAAGGGUGGCACCUCUCUACAACCUAGCGCAGUAAUAUCUUCCUUUGAACACAAAAAUAAAAUAAAAUAAACGAAAAAACUAAACAAAAAAUGUUCCUUCCACGUCCCUCCCUCAAUCCUCCCAGUGACCCUUCCUUUCCCCACCACCCCCACCCCACCCAGACCCCAUGACCUAAAGCGCCCCACAAUGUUUAUUUGUAUGUGAUGGUGAUUACUUCCACCGCCCCUCCCCCCAUCCUGUGGUUUCCUCAAGACGCGAUGGUACGAACGGCGUUUUCUGUCUUUCCCGUUUUCUUUAAUUCCAGUUGUGUCCUCUACCUACUUACUGUCUUCCGAAUUCAAGGUCUCUCCCUCCCUCCUCCCCCCAAAAGCCCCCCAAAGUUCACACUCAGACUUGACCUCCUGACGCAGACGUGUGUAUUCAGAACCUUCUCUUCGUACUCUGCAGCAGUACCAGUCCACGGACCGAUGAAGAACCAAUCUGUCCCGAGGCCAUGAAGGAAAUGAACCAAGGUUACCGUUCUGGACUUUUACAUUGAAUGUAUAUCUCUUUAGUUAGUAUUUAUGUUACUCUCAGACAUUUUAUGUCAUUGAUGUAAACAUACCAUUGAAAUGUAUGUGAGAAGUUGCAUUCUGUUAAGAAGUGAGUAUUGUGUUAAGACGAUAUAUUUGCAUCUUUAAUUCUUAUUAAACUUAGCUUAAAGGCAAAUGUAAAUGUUUACAAUAUAUAUAUAUACAUAUGCUUCGCUGCACGGUGUAUAUAUAUGUGUGUGUGUGCUAUAUGUAUAUAAAGCACAAGCAUAAAUAGUAAAGUUCCUGCAUUGAAAAAUGAUUCAAGUUGUAUUCCUGUAACCACCAACGAGCAAAGGAAACAUGACCUACCUUGUGACUGACAACUGUAUAAUUAUUUUAUCAGCGGAGUUAAUGAAUAAUGUCCAAAAUUGAACAUCAUUUCAGUUCCAUGUAUGAAUGUAUGAUUCUUAAGGAACCCUUUAUUAUCAUCGUAUUUUGAAAUGGUCUUUGAUUCUUGAUAGUAAAACUUUUGAUUCUUAAUAGUAAAACUCUCUCGUUCUCAUAAUUUUCCUCGAAAAGCCAAGUGUUGCAUUUGGUCUGUCAGUUGAAUGUCACUCAUUCUUACAUCCACAAAACUUCGCCAAGUUCUACCAUAACUGAGAAUUAAAUUCCAAACAGUUUGACUGUCUUCCUCAUAAAAGCCACAGAGAAGUUCUACCAUAACUGAGAAUUAAAUUCCAAGCGGUUUGACUGUCUUACUGAUAAAAAAGCCACAGAGACAGAGAUACAGUCUGUUUAGAAGCAACACACACACAGCACCAGAAAGGGAUUCAGUUCUUUUGGAAUACUUACUGAUCUCUUGAGUGCCAGUGUCAGUUUCAGUCCUCGAGAAGAAACCGAGGACUCGGCAGCCAUCUUGGAUCGCCUUUGCAACGUCACUCCACAUUGCCUUUAAUUUCAUCUUUGAAAGCACCUUGUCCAGUGGCGUUCAGAUAGUGUUCGCAGAUGGUCCUGCCAAGGAGGUGUUGACUUUUAGACAGAUUAAUCUUUUCCCCAUUCGCGACUCCAAGAAGGAAUUUAUCUCGCGCUGGGUUUAAUCAAGUUUAACCUGAUAUGACCUUAGCCAGCGAAGGAAAUGAACCGGAUGGGUCAUUCAGACACAAGAUACGAAAACAAGACGUGUAACAAGAUCUUUUGACAUGUUUCAUUCUCGUGACAAGUCGCUGACUGCAGAGAAAUAUUGAAGUAUCCCACCCACUUCUUUCACAGUGUUUUAUUCGAGGUUUUAAAAAAAACAAAAUCAAGGUUCCUGCGUCAUGCAACACUGUGAGACGUUCAAUUGUGCUUUUUGUGUAUUUAAAAUAGGAAUAAUUAUGUCUUAUCGUUAAUUGUUAACUCUAUUGGAGAAGGAAUUGUACUGACUCAUUUUACAAUAGGGAUGAGAUUCUAAAAUAUAUGGGUUUCUUCUCAGUUUUCUGCUCUCUCUCUCUCUCAUUUCUCCUUCUUCUAUCUUUAUUCUGCCAUUCCUGCCUCUUCUCCCCUUUGGCUGCAGCUUUUGCGAGAAGCACUCUCUCUCUCUCUCUCUCUCUCUCUCUCUCUCUCUCUCUCAUUCAUUCUAAGUCUUCCUAGAACAUGCGUUAGUCGUUCCAGAAGUACCGGAGCCGUCUCUUAUGAAGUAAUAUAACCAUCACUGAAUAUUAUAUAUAAUAAGACUAAAUGUAUAUGUUAUAUAGGUGUGUGUUGGCAGUAUGUAAUAUCCUUUCGUUUCUUCUCAUAUCGUGUAAUGUAUACUCCUGAAGUUUAGGCCUAUGACUCAGACCAAUUACAGCAGCUUUUGGCGUGAACUUCAAACUUCAACAACCUGGAAGAACAAGAAGAAGAAGAAAAAAAGGAUUGCAAAUUUCACUCCUGAGCUUAACAAAAGGGGGACCAUUUACGUCUCUUUUAUCAGAAUUCAGAUCACGGCGAAGGAACCAAGUGUACAGUAGCUCUUGAAGCCAUCCAGUGUCCUUUAGCAAGCCAUUCGAAAAGGUCAUCCCAUCCUUCCCCGAGGACAAAAGCCAUCAUCAGCAUGUGAGGUCAUUUCUCUCGCAGAAGAGGUCACAAAUGACUGUCAAGUGUUGUCCAUCAGGUUGAAUGAGCUUGGAAGUGUUACGCCCUUCUCCUCCUCUCCUUCUCUUGGCGGUCAAGCUUUUUUGUGGGAGGGGGGGGCGUGGCGUAUGUCGGAGGAGUGCACGCUGAGAAAUGUCUGAGCAUGCUGCUAAUUGUACGCUACAAACCACUAUCAUAAUAAAAUUUCUCAGGCUGGAA